CAGAUGUCAACAAGUUGUUUACGAUUUUAAUCGGUCAUAAUCAUGAGGUAUGACGUAAAAUGCAAAUUAGUUUAAAUGCAAACAACAAAAAAGACCCUCGAGAAGUGAAGAAAUGCACGACAACCCUACGCAAUGCCUUUACGGGGCUCACCGUCUUCCUCCUCUUCGCUGUGCUUCUCUACGUAUGUAAAACCUACACGAACCACAUCUUAAAAUGGCUCGAAAACCAAGACACUGCAAUCAUCUACCUCGUGAUCCUGAUGAUGUUUAUCAUUGUAUCGUUUCCGAUAGUGAUCGGAUACAUGGGAAUGGUAAUAACGACGGGUUACCUCUUCGGAAUAUUAACCGGAUUGAUCCUAAGCGUAUGCGGGGCCGCGAUCGGGCUGAGUAUCGCCCACAACUCGUUGAAGCGAUUCGGACAUACGACGCUACGUCCGCUAGUUACAAACGAGACCGCCGCGAUGAUUUUCAAAGUCAUCUCCGGCCCGUCAAGCUUUCGGAUUGUACUGUGCGCCCGACUUACGCCCAUACCUUUCGGGCUGCAAAAUACAAUUUUCGCGAUUAGCAGCGUUAGCGAUAGGACGUUGUACAUCGCCUCCGUGCUCGGUUUACUGCCGGGACAGACGGUCGGAGUGUACACGGGCUCGUCUCUACGGUCCAUGCGAGACGUGCUGGAGAAUCACGAAAUUUCGACACUCACGUACGUGUUGGCAGCUGUGCAGGUGGUGUUCGCGAUCGGACUUUUGGUUUGGUUGGGGACGAAGGCGCGCAAAGAACUUGCCAAAGCAAUUUCCGAGGCUGAUAAUACCAAAUCUAUUUAUGAUAUAGUCUGACUUGUAAAUAUAAACAAUUUCUAUUUUUGAAUAAGGCCUUUUAUUGUUA